GUCAAGCCAGUUACCUUGCAAUUUCUGAGUUUCUAACAGGCAAUAUAUAAAUUGUAUUUUGUAUGCCUAUGGCUAUAGAAUAUAUAUGGUUAAAACAAAUACAUCAUGAUUAAUGGUGGUGGUGAAUAUAUCAAGGAUAGCUCUUAUUUGUCUACUCUCUGACUCAGUGUUCAAGAGCCACUUGCUUAUAAUUUAAGCAAGAGCUCCCCCAAGUCAGCUUUACUUUCGAAGCCUCUAUCUUUGAGUUAAAAGAAAAUGGGGAAUCUUUUUUGUUGUGUGCAAGUUGAUCAAUCUACGGUGGCUAUAAAAGAAAGAUUUGGACGAUUUGAGAAGGUGCUUCAGCCAGGAUGCCAUUGCAUGCCAUGGUUCCUUGGAAAACAACUUGCAGGUCAUCUGUCUCUUCGGUUACAGCAAUUGGAUCUUCGAUGUGAGACCAAGACAAAGGAUAAUGUCUUUGUCAAUGUUGUUGCUUCGAUUCAAUAUCGUGCCCUGGCAGAGAAGGCCAAUGAUGCUUUUUACAAACUUAGCAAUACUAAGACCCAAAUUCAAGCCUAUGUUUUUGAUGUAAUUAGGGCAAGUGUUCCAAAACUCAACUUGGAUGAUGCUUUUGAGCAGAAAAAUGAAAUUGCCAGAGCUGUGGAAGAAGAACUUGAGAAGGCUAUGUCAGCUUAUGGGUAUGAAAUUGUUCAAACACUGAUUGUUGAUAUAGAUCCAGAUGAGCAUGUGAAGCGGGCUAUGAAUGAAAUCAACGCUGCUGCAAGAUUGAGGGUGGCAGCUAAUGAAAAGGCAGAGGCUGAGAAGAUCUUGCUAAUUAAACGAGCCGAGGGUGAGGCUGAGUCUAAGUAUCUCUCUGGGCUGGGUAUUGCUCGCCAACGUCAAGCAAUUGUGGACGGAUUGAGAGACAGUGUGCUUGGAUUCUCAAUUAAUGUACCUGGGACGACUGCAAAAGAUGUCAUGGACAUGGUCCUUGUCACUCAGUAUUUUGACACUAUGAAAGAAAUUGGUGCUGCCUCCAAGUCUUCUGCUGUGUUCAUUCCACAUGGACCUGGUGCUGUUCGCGAUGUAGCUACCCAAAUUCGUGAUGGACUUCUUCAGGCUUCUCAUGGGUAGCCUCUACUCCACCUAGAUCUUGUAUUUGGUUUGUAUGGGGGUAUGGUAAAGCUAUAGCGCCUGUGGUUGUAUAUCUGUAUUUCUGUACAGUGUGUUUUGUGAUUUUGUUUCAGAAUAAACUGCAAAACCGGUCCUCCAAAAAUUAUGGCAUCACCACAUUAAUCUUAUAAAGAUAUUUGUUAUCAGACUAGUCCCACAAAUAUCUAAAAUGUUACCACAUCUGUUCUUAUAGAGGACUAAAAUGGUAAGAAGAAAUAAUUUAGUGUUUGAUUUGUUAGCCAAAAUCUUUGGAGGGCCAGUUUGAUUGAUACUUUCAGGCAGUCAAUUAUUACUGUGUAUUCUGUUGUCAAUAUUGUGAACCAUGCAUAACUAAACUAUUAAGUAUCCAUGUACAUACAAGUUUU